AUGGGGUCUCUUCCUAAAGAUUAUUUCGUCAAGUCUUUGCAGUAUACUAGGAAAACAUUUCAAGAUGUUUACCCGGCGAUCGACCCAUCUAGCUCUGCUAAUUCUCUUGCCGGAAAGAUUGCCAUAAUAACAGGCGCAAGUCGUGGAAUUGGUGCCAGGGGAAUCGCCCCCUCGCUGGCCACGGCAGGGGUCCACGGUUUGGUCCUUGUUGCACGCGAUGAGGCCAAGAUGAAAGAAGUCGAAACCGAAGUUCAUCGAAUUAAUCCCAAGAUCGAAACACUGCUCGUUGCAUUGGAUAUCACGGACGAGGCUGCUGUGAAACAACUAUACACCAGUAUUCGAGAGCGAUACGGCCGUGCUGCAGACAUAUUGGUGGCCAAUGCCGCAGUAAACGCCGCGACGAAUGGGGGUGGCCCAGUCCUUCAUGAAGCAGCUGUCGAUAAGUGGUGGUCAAACUUUGAAAUCAACGUCAAGGGCUUCUUCAUCCUAUCCAAAUACUUCAUAUCCUCUCUUCCCACGCCAACUUCGCCAGCCACCAUCAUCAACAUUAGCACCUCUGGAGCAUGGCUUGUUUUCCCCAUUACCGCCCCUUAUAGCGUCAGCAAACUCGCUAGCCAGCAGUGGUGUACACACCUCAAUGCGGCUUAUAAAGGCACUCUCACAGUUGUGAGCAUCCAUCCCGGACUUGUAGAGACGGAUAUGAAUGCAGACUUCACAGACUUUGAUCUUGAUACCCCGGCGUUGACGGGAGGUCUAUGUGCUUGGGUGGCUGCAGAUCCAGCAAGAUCUGAGUUUCUUAGUGGCAGGGUCAUAUGUGCUAAUUGGGAUGUUGAAGAGUUGGUGGCUCGGAAAUCCGAUAUUGUGGCCAAGAAUGAGUUGACAAUGGACUUGACGGGUAGUUUUGGUAGUGAGCAGUUUUCGGCUGCAUAA